AUGCCACCACGAACACGGUCACAAAUUGCGGGAAAUGCCGGUUCUAGAACAGGAAAGGGCAAUAGCCUGAGUGGGGAGGAGGAAGGCGUGUCCGAGGAGGGUAUGGGCUAUUUGCCCUUCAUAACACCGUUUUAUGUCCUCAUGGCCGUGGUUGUGGUGAUUGGAUCAUUUUUGGCCUUCAAAAUCUUACACGGGCCUUUCAAGCCCGUGCUUUGGAAGGAACCUCCCGAGCUUGUCUCGUUAUUGGUGAAUCACGACCUGGCAGGGGCGGAGCACCUAUUUUUAAACCGAGUGGUAGGGCCUGAAUCGAUCGCGGUGGGCAGCGAGAAGGAAAUGUACUUCAGCCUGAAUGACGGCCGGAUCGUACGUACUGACAGCAAGUACGGAAACAUGACCACCGUGUUUUUCACGGGCGGGGUGGUCAAGGCUGAAAAAGCAGGUCAAAAGGACGGGAACGCUCGAGAAAGGAGGCUUCCAAAUGGCGGGCAGGAACGGAGUCUCAUGGCGUGGUGCAGUGCCGAGAUGGACGCGAUGCGCUUCUCCACGUCCACCGAGAGCCUUUGCGGGAGGCCGCUGGGCCUUCGCUUUGUUCGAGAACUCAACCAGUUGUACAUCGCGGACGCCUACCACGGCAUCUUCACACUCGACCCCGUCACCCUCCACGUGCGCCAUCUGGUAGCGCCCUCCGCCUCGACCCCCCCUCCCUCCUCUUCCUCCUCGCCCGCCCUGCACCCGGGCGUCCGCGCCCCUCUCGGUUUCACCAACGACCUGUCCGUGGUCGCCUCCACGGGCGACAUUUUCUUCUCCGACUCGACGUGGGCCUGGUCCCGCGCCCUGCACGCGGUCGAGGUCUUGGACGGAGGCCCUCGGGGCCGACUUUUUCGAUAUGUGGGGGCCACGGGGGCGGUGGAGCCCGUCCUCUGCGGCUUGCAUUUCGCCAACGGCGUGCAGGUCCUGGGGGAGGAGGAAGAGACGCGAGCGGGGAGACUGCCGGCGUCGGUGCUGGUGGUGGAGAGUACGCGCUUCCGCAUUUUGAAAGUGGAUUUGGGGGCUUGGGCGAGGGCGGAGGAGGACGUCAAGGCUCGAGCCUUGCAGGCCUGCGAGGAGGAGAGCGCGCUCCCGCCUUUCGCGAGCGUCUUGGUGGAGGGCCUGCCUGGACUGCCGGACAACUUGCGUCUGUUGCGACGUGAGGAAGCGGGGGCGUGCAGCAAGGAGGGAUGGCUGGGGGGGGAGGGAGAAGAGGCGGUGCUCAUGCUGGGUAUGGGGGUGAAAAACGCCAAGCCCUUCUCCCUCCUCCACUUUCUGUACCAGCACUUGGCCCUCCGCUUGCUCCUGGGGGCUUUGAUCCCCCUGCCGUACUUCCAUUACUUCAUGCCCAAAUACGGGGUGGCCGGCGUGCUCUCUCUCGAGGGGCGGUUGCUGCGGGUGCUGCAGGAUCCCACCGGGCGCACGCCUUUCCUGAGCGAGGUACACGUCCACCCGGAGACGGGGGACCUGCUGUUAGGCUCGUUUAGGAACAAGUUCGUCGGGAGGGUGACGGUGUCGGCGCUAGGCUAG